UAAGAAAUGAGACGUGACAAGCAAGAGAAAGAAAAAAAAAACACCGGGAUGAGACGAGGAAACCAAUUACUUGUUCAGUUGUUUGUUAGUUAAACGGAAACCAUUUUGCGAAGGUUCGAUGGCGGUGAGCAAGAAGAAAGGGUACGGUUGGGCGGUUUCAGCCGGACUCAAUGCCGCCUUUGCCGCUAUUUCCGCCAAAUUCAUCACCCCUCAGCUUAUUAGGUAUGGUAUGGUUAUGUUGUUCAAUGUAAUGAUGUGGGGAUGCUAUGUGAAUAGCUUGAAAGCUCUCUCUUCUCUGCAAGCUACCGUAACCAACUUUGCAACCAACUUCCUUUCUUCCGGUUUGGCUGGAUUUUUCCUCUUUGAGGAACCAUUGUCACCCAAGUGGUUUGCAGGUGCCCUACUCAUUGUAGUUGGUGUAUUCAUACUUAGUAAGUCAAGUGUAGAAGAGAAAACGAACAAGGAUUGAAAGCUUCAUUUUCUUUAUCAUUUAGCCUCAGAAGAUAAAUGGCAGGUUGUCAGAAAGACGUAUGUCGGGCUGGCUGUUUUGCAGGUGAACCAACUGCCAACAGUUGUUCCAUGCAUUGUUUCAAACUGAGCCUUUGUUAUUUAAGUUGAAUUUGAUUUCUUUAACUUAUUUUUGUCAGAAUGGCUCAAAUCUUUUAGUUAUACCCGUAGACGUGUGUGUAAUUUGGGCCAGUUCACCCAUUGAUAUACUAAAAACUUGGUCGUUUAGUUCGGGUAAUUCAAGUUUGUAUUUUCUA